UCCUCCCCCCCUCCCCUUUUUUCUUUUUUUCUGCUUCUCUCUCUCUCUCCCUCUCUCUCUCUCUCCCUCCCUCCCUCUCUCUCUCUUUUUUUUCCCUUUCCCUUUCCUUCCCUCCCUCCGGGCUUAAAAUGGUGUCCAAACUCAGCGCUUUGCAACACGAGCUGCUCAACGCUCUGCUCACCUCGGGCGUCACCAAAGAGGUCCUGAUCCAAGCUCUGGAGGAACUGAUGCCUUCCGCCGGCAGCCCCAACGCUCCGGCAGCCCCGGGUGGAGGCUACGGGGUGAAACUGGAAAACUUGCAGCUGUCGCCCGGGGGGGGCGGCGGCGGCGGCGGCGGCGGCAGCGGGACGGAGGCGGACAGCAAGCCCAUCUUCCACACCCUGACCAACGGGCACAGCAAAGGCAGGCUGUCCGGGGACGAGGGCUCGGACGACGGGGAUGACUUUGACACCCCGCAGAUCCUCCGGGAGUUGCAGGCGCUCAACACCGAGGAGGCGAUGGAGCAGAGGGCCGAAGUGGAGAGGAUGGUCAGUGAAGACCCUUGGCGAGCUGCAAAGAUGAUCAAGGGCUACAUGCAACAACACAACAUCCCCCAAAGAGAGGUGGUGGAUGUCACUGGACUGAAUCAGUCGCACCUUUCCCAGCAUCUCAACAAGGGGACGCCGAUGAAAACGCAGAAGCGGGCAGCCCUUUAUACGUGGUAUGUCCGGAAACAGAGAGAGAUCCUCCGGCAAUUCAACCAGACAGUCCAGGGUUCUGGAAAUAUGACAGAAAAAGGCAGUCAAGAUCAGCUGCUGUUUCUCUUUCCAGAAUUUAACCAGCAAAACCAGGGUGUGGGCCAGAUAGACGACUCUUGUGCUGAAACACCCAGCAAGAAGAUGAGACGCAAUCGCUUUAAGUGGGGUCCUGCUUCCCAGCAGAUCUUGUACCAGGCCUACGACCGGCAAAAGAACCCCAGCAAGGAAGAGAGGGAAGCCUUGGUAGAGGAAUGCAACAGGGCAGAAUGCCUCCAGCGGGGUGUGUCACCCUCUAAAGCACAUGGCUUGGGUUCAAAUCUGGUCACAGAAGUCCGCGUCUACAACUGGUUUGCAAACCGGAGGAAAGAAGAAGCUUUUCGGCAAAAGCUCGCCAUGGAUGCCUACAGUACGGGUCAGCCUCACACCAUGAACCUCUUGCUGUCCCAUGGGUCACCGCACCACGCUCAGCCCAGCUCUUCUCCGCCCAGCAAAAUGCCAGGGGUCCGCUACAGCCAUCCAGGUGGCAAUGAAGUCACUUCUUCAGCUUCCAUCAGCCAUCAUGGUAACAACUCAAUGGUCACCACCAGCCAGUCCAUUCUCCAGCCAGUAUCUCCAGCCAGUUUGGACCCAGGUCACAGCCACAGCCUGCUGUCCCCGGACGGUAAAAUGAUUACAGUUUCUGGCGGUGGGCUCCCCCCGGUCAGUACCCUCACCAACAUCCACAGCUUUUCCCAUCACACCCCACAACAAUCCCAGAAUCUCAUUAUGACACCUUUGUCAGGAGUCAUGGCUAUCACACAAAGCCUAAACAGUUCGCAGGCCCAGAGCGUUCCAGUUAUCAACAGUGUAGCCCUACAACCGGUCCAGUUUUCCCAACAGCUGCACAGCCCACACCAGCAGUCAAUCAUGCAACAGUCAACCAAUCCAAUGGCUCAACAGCCGUUCAUGGCGGCGGUGACACAGCUGCAGAAUUCACACAUGUACGCUCACAAGCAAGAACCUCCUCAGUAUUCUCACACAUCACGGUUCCCUUCAGCGAUGGUGGUCACGGAUACCAGCAGCCUCAGUUCAUUAACCAACAUGUCUUCCAAUAAACAGUGUCCGUUACAAGCCUGGUGAUACUCUAUCCAGUUCCCUGUGCCUUUAGCAACUUGGAAAUUAUUUUUCCACAACGUCCUGCCUGACCAGAAUGAGAUCGUGAGGCUGCUGCAGCAAAGCCCGAGUAGCUUGCUGAGCCUGAUCCCAAACAGAUCCUGCUCAGCCUGGAAAGAAGAUUAGAAGUUUCCAAAGACAGCAGCAGCUGCGACUUCCUUCAAGGGGGUCCCAGAAAGGUGUCCGUCACACCAAGCCUUUUCCCGUAGUGUUUUCCAAGACUUUUUUGCCUCAAGGAAUGCCAAAGUAUGUUCCUCCUGGAAAAUAUUCGUUUCCAACCCACAACACCAGAACAAAACGGAUGCUUGAACGAGAAGCUUGGAAAGAACCUCGAAAGCUGGAGAUCAAUCGUAUUUAUGAAGUUACAUGCUUCUCCCGAAGAGGACCAGAGAGAGGACUUGGGGCUGUUACGUCAGGUUGCGAAGGGGGAACCACCCGUGCUGAUGAACUGAAUCAACUGAAGUGUAUAUAGAGGAGCUCCAUAUUCCGGCUCUCCCUUGCCCUCCCCCAGACCUCUCCGCAGAGAUUUAUAUUAAAGAAAAGUGAAUGUUGUCUAUCUAAUGGAUGUAUUAAGAAAUUAAGUGCAAUGCCUCUCCCCUCCCUCCCCCCACCUGUACAUAGGAUCACAAAGUCUCCUAUUAUGUCUCUCUCUUCAUUUUUUGUAAGGACAGGGUUUAAGUUGCAACGUUUUGGAUUGGCGAAUCAGAAGAAUGAAAGAAAACAAAACCUUUUGGCCAAGCAA